AUGUGUGACAGCGCAACAGAAGACCGAUUCCGCGAUCCUGCCCGCGGGGUGAUCUGGGUGUGCAUCCUGUGCCGCAAGAAGCAGGAGCUGCUGAGCAAGACGGGCCAGUGGAUCAAGCAGGGCAUGUCACCCGGCGGGGACGCCAUCAUGCGGCGCAUCGAGGCGGACCUGCACGCGGUAGCGCCGGGCCCCAUGAGCCUGGGCCUGGGGCGCGACGACCUGCUGAUGCCGGCGGCCGGCGACAAGCGGCCCAAGCUGGAGCGCGCGCACAGCGCCGCCGAGAAGCCUCAUGACCGGGCGGCCGCGGGCCCGCGCCGCUUGCCUCCGCAGGAGAACGUGCCGUUGCUGCAGCGCUCGGGGUCGGCGCUGCGCCGCCAGUACUCGCAACAGGAGCCCGGCGUGGCGUCGUCGGGCGGCGGGCGGCGCAUGUCGGCGUCGGACAGCGGCGUGGACAUGCUGUCGCCGUCGCAGCGCGGCCCGGGCGGCGGCGCGGGGGUGCGGUGCGGCGGCGCUCACUUACCCGUGCAGCGACCCAGGCUGCCUCUGCGCCGUCAUCGCGCUGGUGAGAAGACACACUCUCUUACCGCCGGCGAGCCGCGGCGCACCACCGCUCUCCAGGAUGGAUCUUCCCACCACUCCCACCUCCCCCACUCCGCCCUCUUCCCUUCCCCUCCACCCGCCCACGGCGCCCCAGGCCUUCGCCAGAGCCGCUUCCCCUCGCAAGAAUUCGGGCGACCGCUGCUGCCUGCUCGCAAGCCAUUCCGCUACAGCACAAGGAGUCCCUAA